GCCUUGGUUAUUUAUUCCCUUUAUUACAGGGACUAUUUCAGUGGUAUACACACAAGCAACUGAAUGCAGAAAAUUAGAAUUACUUCAAGAGCUAGACUCCGGAAAGAUACUGAACCAUGCUAUCGAUGAAGUGAACGUUAAAAAUGAUCAGAUGUGUCGUGCCAAGUGUUAUAUGAACCAUGACUGCGUGUCAUACAACCUUGGUCCUUCACCAACACCUGGAAUGAUGGUCUGUCAACUGAACGACGCUGAUCGUUACCAAUACCCAGAUGAUUACCAGGAAAGACCAGGAUACUCGUACAGAGGAACAGAGAACAAAUGUGCCGAGAAUCCCUGCACAACUGCAAACCAAACCUGCCAAACUGGGUUCAACACUGAAGGAUAUCGAUGCUUGUGUCCUAAAGGAAGCACUGGAGUAAAUUGUGAAAUAGAUAUCGACGAGUGUUCCAAUAAUGGUCAUAACUGCUCUCUCUACGCUGAAUGUACUAAUGAACCUGGUUCAUUCCAAUGUAGAUGCCUUCCUGGUUACCUUGGAGAUGGCGUAUCCUGCAUAGAAAUUGAUGAAUGUUCUUCGCCAAGCCUCAACAACUGUUCAGACUUUGCAAAUUGUACCAACACGCCUGGUUCAUUCCAAUGUACGUGUAAACCAGGAUUUGUAGGCGACGGGAUAAACUGUACAA